AAUCCACUCAAUGUAUUUUUGAGCUUGAUAGUUGCCUAUCUGUUCUUCUCUUUACUCAAGCCACAUUCUAUUGCCAAACUCACUCCAACGCUUGCACAAGCAAGAUCUACGAAAAAGAAUCAAAAUAAUGCUUAUUCAUUCCUGCCCAAUCAACAUCCUCCAACAUCUAUUUGGACAAAGUAUACACCAAGAACAUUAGCAGUUCACGAUGGUAGUGACCUAUAUGGCAAAAAGAAGAAUGUUUCUUCCUCCUCCCAAUCAUCCGAACAAGGUAGAAUCUUGUUGGCCAUUCAAGGAAAAGUAUUUGAUGUAACAAAAGGUGCAAACUUUUACGGUCCAGGAGGACCCUAUGGAAAUUUUGCCGGAAGGGAUGCAAGUCGUGGAAUGGCAAAACAAUCUUUUGAUCUGGAAAUGUUGACACCUUUGGAUAAACCUAUUGAUGCUUUAAAUGAUUUAACUCCGAUGGAAGUUAAUAAUAUGCGCGAAUGGGUUUCUCAUUUCAGUGCGAAAUAUACAAUCGUAGGGGAAUUGGUCAAUGAAGGGGAA